AUGAGAAGCCGACAGUGCCUAACGGAUCUCCCGCUGGGCACUGUGGUACCCUGCUCGCGAGCCCCGGGACUGGAGGCUGCGGCAGCCGUGCGCGUUGCACCCGUCGCUCGGGCUGGCUCGCCUGAGCCUGUAGCUGCUCUUGGCCAGGCCAGCCCCGGCCCUUCGGUGGCAGGGAGGCUGGGGGAGGAACAUGGCCUGCAUGCUGAAGAGGAAGUCCGUGAUUGCUGUGAGCUUCUUGGGAGCAUUUCUCUUCUUGCUCAUCGUGCGCCUCUUCAAUGAGGUGGAUCUCCCUUUAGUGCUGAACUGUUUGGGACAAUCUGGUGCCAAGUGGCUGCCGUUCUCCUCCACACACAGGCGACCCCUCAGAACUCACUACGGCUACACACACGUGAAGACGCAGGAGCCUUUGCGACUUGACUGCGAUCUCUGCGCCAUCGUUUCCAAUUCUGGUCAGAUGGUCGGCCAGAAGGUGGGCACGGAGAUAGACGCGUCCUCCUGCAUUUGGAGGAUGAAUAACGCCCCCACCAAGGGCUACGAGGAGGACGUGGGCCGCAAGACGAUGCUGCGCGUGGUGUCCCACACCAGCGUCCCCCUCCUGCUUAAGAAUCCCGACUACUUUUUCAAAGAAACCAACUCCACCAUCUACGUGAUCUGGGGACCUUUCCGCAACAUGAGGAAGGAUGGCAACGGCAUCGUCUACAACAUGCUGAGGAAAGCAGCCGACAUCUACCCGGGGGCCCAGAUCUACGUGACCACGGAGAAGCGCAUGAGUUACUGCGAUGGGGUUUUUAAGAAGGAGACGGGGAAAGACCGAGUCCAGUCAGGUACUUAUCUCAGCACUGGUUGGUUUACCUUAAUCCUGGCAAUGGAUGCCUGUUAUGGCAUCCAUGUCUACGGCAUGAUUAAUGACACCUACUGCAAGUCAGAAGGCUUUAGAAAAGUCCCCUACCAUUACUACGAGCCAGGAAGAGAUGAAUGCGAUGAAUACAUUCUCCAUGAAAAUGCUCCAUAUGGAGGUCAUAGAUUUAUCACGGAAAAGAAAGUAUUUGCUAAAUGGGCCAAGAAGCACAAGAUCAUAUUUACACACCCAAACUGGACGGUGUCUUGAUGCUACUUGGCCUCACUAGUACAAAUGAGCAUGAAAGAAUGACAAUGUCUCAGCUCUGAUGAUGAUAAUGACGAUCGAGUAAUUGAUUUAUUCGUGGACUUCUGUGGGCCUUCUCAGUGACUGAUGAAUUUGAGAUUCUAUUUGGGGUUGGCAGAGGGGCUGGGGGGAGUGUUUUAUUUUCUCUCUUAGGGUUCUACACUCCAUAUUGCACUUUUACAAUUUAACUGGAAUCAAAUCCAAGGUCACUGGGGCUCACAGGACAGCAGUGACCUUAGAGCUGGAAAGGGCAUCUUCCAGUUAGGAGCAUUGCACUCUAAGGGUCAUUUCUGAAAGCUGUGGGAGUUUUCUCUCAGAAAGAGGUUCACCCAAAAGUCAAGGCUAUUGAUGAUCUUUCCAACUGGCUAUUCCUCUCUUCUUGAAGGUGAGUUUUUCAUAAAGGACUGAACCAAGGCAAGGUGCCUGGACCCAAGAGUAUAAGCCUGUGCACUGAUUAGCCUAUAGAAGUGUGGGAAGGGCAAUGGGACCUUUCUCUAACAUUAUACCUUCCCAGAGUAAAUCUUUAUAACCCAUCCCCUAAGAAUUGCCAAGCAAUAUUGCAGGGAAGAGAAAGGACCCACGAAGAACAUAGGAGUCCAGGAACACUAGUCCACCUCUAAGAUAUUCCACAAAAAAUUGAUGAGUGUAAAACCUCAUCACUCGAACUGCAGCUACUCCAUUCUUGCUGGCCAAACGAUAAAACUCAACCCACUUUUUAAAAAUAAUUUAAAUGAAUCCUUCAGCCCUGUUUCAUUGAGGAGCAAACAUCUAGAGGGGAUGUUUUAACACCAGGAAUGUUGACUGUAAUAUUGUAGUAACAAAUACUGUGAAAACUUGCGAGACAUGCUUUAACAUCACCCAAGUGGUUGACUAACGCUGCUUAAACAUGUAAUGAGGAAAAACUCGAUUUUAUAUGCUUUUUAAACUCAUGGAACAGAGAAAGCAAAACAUAUUUUUACAUAGAUUUGUAGGCUAUCAUACUUCAUAAUGUAUAUUUAUAUAUUCCAAUUUAUAUUUGAUAUGCCCAAGAUUUUUCCUCUCUCCCUUCCUCUCUCUGCCUCUCUCUUUCCCUCCCUCCUUCCCCUCCUCCUUCCUCCCUCCCUCCUUGUCUCUCACUGUGUCUCUU